UUAUCUGCCUUCUCAUUAUUUAUUUCCGCUAGGCUUCCGCCCAGUUGUGCUUCGCAGUCUAAUUCGAAAGUAACUAUGUAGAAGACAGGGAUAUUGAAGAAAGAGAAAAGAAAGUUAUACCUUUUAUAAAGAAUGGCAGAACGAAAUGAUUCAGAAGGGGAAGCAGAUAGUAACUUGAAAAUGAAGAACAUUUUCAGUGAUAGCUAUCCACGAGCCUCCAGAUCCUUAAGUAAUUCUGGUAGAAAGAAACACUCUUUCAUAGACAACCUCUCGGGAAGGUUAACACGAGUUGGAAGUUUAGAUAUCCAGGAAUUUUCUUCUCAAAAUGAAAGCAGAGCAGUAGCAUUCGAUACUGUUUGUCAGCAUCUUGGAACCCUUCAUGAUAAGCCGUUGUCACUUUGCGAUUGGGAGCGUUUCAAGGAGUGGUGCGAUCAUGAUCGAGGUAUCACUGAGUCAACAACCCAAACAUCAUCAGAAACAGUUGAAGUGUAUCGAAAAUGUAGAAUGGUACUGGUAGAUAUUUUUGGGAAAAUGCCAGCAGAGGACGAAUGGAUGGCCGGGAAGGAUUGGUACAUGGCUCGGCAUCAGGGAUCUUUUCGUUCGAAGAAAGUUCACGACCAGAGAGAAGAUAAAUAUCACACUGGAGAUAUUCCUAUGGAUACUUCAGAACGGCAAAGAGACCAGAGUCUACCAGGACAACUACAUGGCAUGGCCAGGCAGACAAGGGGAGAUAAUUCAAAAAGUGAGACAAGGAGAGAAGUUGAUCACCUUCGACAGAAGCAGGAGUAUACAGAAAGUGAAGUGGACCAGUUGAAAAAGAAGAUAGAUAACUUACAGAAGCAGAUGGAACAAGUGCAGGAAAAGAACAAAGAAUUGUCAAGACGGGGGCCAUUGCCACUAAUCGGGAUGACAAAUGAAGGAGCUAGAGAACAGAUGGAUGAGGAGAGAAGUAGUAAUGAUAACAGAAGGGAGCAAAAAAAAGAAGAGUUACAAAUGAAAUGUGACCAACUUACUCGUGAGAUAACAUACAGAGAUGAGGAAAUAAACAAAAUGAAAUCAUCUAACGGGAAGCUAUCAGACAGGGUAAAUGUACUAGAAAAAGAAUGUGGACAAAUGUAUCUGGAUAUGAAAAACCAGGAUCACCAAAUCGAGAGAGAAAAAUCAAACAACAAAAUUCUUCAACAAAGGAUGGAAGAGACGAAUGACCAAUUCAACUACAAUAUGAACUGUGUCAAACAUAAACUCGCAUCAAAAGACAAUGAGAUCCAACGCCUGGAGGAGGAAAAGGCAGACGCCUUAAGAAGGCUGAGCACUUUGGCAAGUGCCAAGUUGUCCGACAACAAUCCCGACAUCACUGAUUUAAGUGACAUGAACCGACCUCAGAAGAUUGCGGAGAAGUAUUCCGAACUUUACGACAAUGAGUGGACCGACGCAUACGAGUAUCUCACCGCCAACGGACAGGAUCACCAGAAAACUGUUGCCGACUUACUCAAUGUGUUAAAGGGCUGUUUCCAGUACUGUAAGACUGUGGGCAGACGACAGUAUGAGCACCUUUUAGUUAUGGCUUGUUCCCCAUCGUUUGAACAAAAGGAUCAAGGCUUGGGAGCUGUCGGUAAUGCACAGGCUGUACAGACUUAUGGACAAACCAUCACCCAGAAAGUGAUUGAGUUGAGGAAAGUGGCAUUCCAGCACUCACUUAAUACCAUUAAACAGGCGUACCAGACUGACAGGGGGAGAGAUAUAGACCAGUCGACGUCCCAGGAGAUAUCUAUAUACAUGGAUAAGUGUCUGGAUGUAUCCUGGCUGGCCUGUAUUCAGGAUCCACCCUUGGAAAUCGUUUCAGACUUUCCGCCCUACUCAAGAGUUGAUUUGAACAUCGUUCGAAAGUACACUAAGAGUGGAGAGUUUGUAGAAUACGUCAUCUGGCCAGCUCUGUUGCUUAGCAAUAAUGGUGGACUGUUGUCCAAGGGAGUAGUUCAGUGUACGUCUCGGCCCCAUGAUGUUGGCGCACAGCAGAUGCGAAGGCCCAGCGACUCAAACCAAGAGAGUGAUUUUUAGACUGUGCGAGUGAAUGUAAUCAUUACAUGAUAAUUGCAUGAAUGAAUGUAAUCAUUAGAGGAAGACUGUCAGAGUGAUUGGGAUUUUUAUGUGCUGAUAGAAUGAAUGCAAUCAUUACAGGGGGACUCGAGGUAAGGGCAAGCUUGGUUGGACGCAAUACUCAGUAAGGAAAAUGUAUCUCUUGACAUAUCAGUAAUAGUGGUAACGUAUUCAAACAUCAAUGACCCAUCAAACCAUAGGUCAUCUCCCAUUGGCCAGGUCAACUUUGAAAAUAAACAUUGAAAAUAUCAAACAAUGCAUUACGAAAAUUACAGGUAAAAUAAAAGGAGCAGAAAGAUCGGGACUCGAACCUGUGACCCUCUAAACUCUAGACAUAUGCUGUACUAGUGGAGCUACCUGGUCGCCGAAGAUCAACCCUGUCCAGUUCCGCUACAUUCCUUCCUUCUUUUUUCUCAGUCUUUGCCUACGAAGACAUUAACUUUUACAACCCAGGUUCUGAUAUUCCCUUGCCAAGCAUUCACCAAGCAUUCACCAAGCAUUUGAAACAGGGGUUUGUCUCUGGCACCAAAUGUUAUUAGAAAGCAUGGCCAGACCACCCGGAUUUGAACGCAGGACCCUCUGAACUCUAGACGGAUGCUCUAACAAUUGAUCUACCAGCUGGUUGCUGAUGAUCGACCCAGUCCAGUUCUGCUACACAGAUAUGUGCAGUACUAUGGAAAAUAACAAAAUAUGUAAAACAAACUGAGAUGUAGAUCGUAAAUGAUGUCAUUCUAGCACUACAUUUCAACUAUUUAAUUACAUUAAUUAUUUUUGUGAUUUUAUUGUAAAAUUUGAGUACAUAAUUAUUUCGCAGUUAAUAUUUAGAUUUUAUAAUUCUUUUACCAGAACGUUAUACCAUAGUGUGAUAGUUUAGUGAGAUAUUAAAUAUGUUGUUCAAAGAAGCCUAUAGUUACAUCUAAACACCUGCAACAGUGCAGUGUUUUGUGAAACAAUGAUAUAAAGGUAAUUGUACCUGGUAUUUUGCUUGACACUGAGAGGUGAGUAUGUGAAGGUAUCAUCAACGGGAGGUAUAUAUGGCUGAUCACAGCUUCUGACAUAAAGGAUCUUACAUGAGUUUCCAUUUCAUAUGAGAUUUAUGCAAUGAGUCUUAAGAAUUUUUCAAUUUAGCC